CUCUAGAAUGCUUCAGAUAUGCCGGAGACCAUUACCAGCCGAGAUGCUGCCCGUUUCCCUAUCGUUGCUAGCUGCACACUCUUCGGCCUUUAUCUCUUCUUCAAAAUCUUCUCUCAAGAAUACAUCAACCUGCUGCUCUCCAUGUAUUUCUUUGUCCUGGGGAUCCUUGCCCUUUCUCACACCAUCAGCCCCAUGAUGAACAAGCUCUUCCCGGCCAAUUUCCCCAACAAACAGUACCAGCUCCUCUUUACUCAAGGCUCUGGGGAAUCUAAGGAAGAGAUUGUGAACUAUGAAUUCGACACGAAGGACCUUGUGUGCUUGGCCAUGAGCAGUGUGGUUGGCGUCUGGUAUCUGCUGAGGAAGCACUGGAUUGCCAACAACCUCUUUGGCCUGGCCUUCUCUCUCAACGGGGUGGAGCUCCUACACUUGAAUAACGUCAGCACAGGAUGUAUUCUCCUUGGUGGCCUCUUCAUUUACGACGUCUUCUGGGUCUUUGGCACCAAUGUGAUGGUGACUGUGGCAAAGUCGUUUGAGGCACCCAUCAAAUUGGUUUUCCCCCAAGAUCUGCUCGAGAGGGGCUUGGAAGCUGACCACUUCGCCAUGCUGGGCUUGGGGGAUAUUGUUAUCCCAGGUAAGCAAGAAUGGACUGUGCGAAUACCGCAGUUCUGCUGGAAAGGUCCUCGGGGUGGCUGGCUGGCUGGUUGGGGUGCUCUUGAUUCUGGGAUGGAAAACGAUCCCGCUCACAGUCUCAAGAAGAACACACACACCUACUUCUACGCCAGUUUUGUGGCUUACAUCUUCGGCCUGGGCCUCACGAUCUUCAUCAUGCACGUCUUCAAACACGCCCAGCCUGCUCUGCUGUACCUGGUCCCCGCCUGCAUCGGCUUCCCUCUCCUGGUCGCGCUGGUGAAGGGAGAAGUGGCGGAGAUGUUCAGCUACGAGGAGAACACCAACCCGAAGGAGGUGCCUGCCGUGGAUGCCAAAGAAGGGAAGACGGAGCUGGAGAAGAAGGACAAGUGACCUUGGGCUGCUCAGCCGGGCUGGGCCAGGCCGGCUGCCCAUCUGCACCCCC